CUCCCACUAUCGCCCCGAACUCUCUCCAGCAUCCUACUCUGCUGCUCGGCACUCUCUUUUCGUUAUGCUUCUUCGAUAGCAGAGCGCAUCCUCACCAUUGGUUGACGAUGGAGACGCUGGAGUACACCCUUGAAAGCGAACAGCAAUUCUGGGACGAGCUUGACGACAUUGUAUCUGCAAAGUGCCCCUCGCAUCAAUUGAUCGAUAAUGCGCUGCGAACCUAUCUUCAUUUCACAACCAAUUUCAAAGACGAGUACCUCCACUCCGAGUACGAUGUCGCCCGAUGCUCGCAGAAACUCCUGCAGAGCGAGCUGUUCGAGGUAAAUAAAGGCUAUGUGCGGAUUCAGAUUGUCUAUAGCUUGAUGCAGGAGGACGAACCGGCGAGCCUACACGUAAUAGCCAGCUUCCUACUGUUCGAUGGCAAGGAGAACGAGCCUACAUUCGAGAUGAUGAAUAAGGAGGGCUGUUUUCCAAGGUUGAUAGAGCUGAUCAAGCUGGGAAAGAGGGAUGAUGCCCGAUUGCACCGGUUACUAUUGGAGCUGCUGUACGAGAUGUCAAGAGUGCAGCGAAUUUCGGCAGAGGACCUUGGCUGUGCGGAUGAUGACUUUGUAGUUUGCCUCUUCAAUAUCAUAGAGGAGCUUUCUGACGAUGUUGAUGAUCCAUAUCAUUACCCAGUCAUUCGAGUUUUGCUGGUCCUCAACGAGCAGUGGAUGGUGGCAGCCACAGCUUCACCAACGGACGCUCAUCCAACGCUCCACCGCUUGACAAACCGAGUCAUCAAACUUCUCUCCUUGCACGGCUCAUCAUACAUGACGUUCGGAGAGAACAUCAUUCUCCUCCUCAACCGCGAGACCGAAACCUCUCUCCAACUCCUAAUACUCAAGCUGCUAUAUCUUCUCUUCACAACUCGAGCGACGCAUGAGUACUUCUACACCAACGAUUUGCGUGUCCUGCUCGAUGUCAUAAUUCGCAACCUCCUUGAUCUCCCCAACGAAUUAGUAUCCUUACGUCACACAUAUCUACGGGUCCUCUACCCAUUGCUAGCCCACACACAGCUCCAUCAACCUCCACACUACAAACGAGAUGAAAUUGUGAAGGUCCUCAGCAUCUUGGGAGGCUCGACAAAUGCACAUUGGGAACCAGCGGACGAGACUACGGUCCGUUUAGUGAAUCGUGUCUCACAGAUUGAUUGGCUACAACAGGAAGAUAUCAGCGAGGGAGAAGUUGCUCGUAAGCUCUUGGGAAUCUCCCUCUCGCCGACAGACACGGCGAGCUCGAUAAGUGUUGUAAACGUGGCGGCCGUGAUGGAAAAACCCGGUGUGCAAACACCAAGCAGGAAGACAGAGUUCGAGCAUGAUGUGCACGGUCAUGAUGAAGACAGUCCUAAAUCCGAGGCAGAGGUGGUGGUAGAAGUCAAAAAGAAGCCACCACCUCCAGUUAGAAGUAGAAGACACGCGCCGCCUCCAGUACCUCCGUCCAUUCAAGUUAACGGGAUCAAGAAAUUACCUCCAAAAACACCUCCACGUAGGAGGACGAGGUUAAAGUCGACACCCUCGUCUGGGAAUUUGGAGAGUGAAGCAGCCGAAUAGAGACGUUUCUCUCCAAUUGUGAGUUUUUUAGGUCUGGAUAGGGAGGGUUUUGCUGUUGCAUUCCUGGAAGCGACGGCGUUUCGGAUCCGGAGUCCUAGGGUUGAGGUUCACAUCGUGCCGUGUCAGGAGCCACGGGCAUGUUUGCUGAGAAUUGUGAUUGUAAUACAGAGGAAUAUUAUUGGAGAUUUAGCUACCCUCUUCGCAUGUCUUACAUUCUUGAAACCCCGACACCUGUCUGUCUAGAACAAAACCCGCCUGCUUCUACUUAGCAUUUCCAGGAACUAUAUAAAUGU